AUGUUUGAUUACAUUAGCAAAAUUAGCUUGAAGAUUCAGGAGUACAACGUUCAAAAGUAUGAGCUACUUCUCAAGAAGAUUAUCAAAGCUCACGGGUUUAGUGGUAUGGAAAUCCCUGGGCUAAAUCCCGACAAGAAGUACUCAGUGGAUGAUGUGGAUAGCUGGAUCAAGGAAGGUACUUAUAGUAGCUUCUUCAAUUUCCAUAAAUCAAUUGUAUUUGGGAAGGAGCGAUCUGAUUAUGGUAAGAUCAAGCAACAGCUCGAUCAAGUACCCGUGUUGGGGUUCAACUCAGGUAGAUAUGAUAUCAACUUGAUUAAGAGCGACCUAUUUGCCGUUAUCGGUACGGAAAAUAUCAAAUCUGUGAUCAAGAAUCCAAGCUAUAUGUGCAUCGCAACUUCGGACAUGAAGAUGCUUGACAUUAGCAACUAUGUUCCUGCUGGAACAAGCUAUGAGAAGUAUCUUACUACAUAUCUCGGUGGAUGCAAGUGCGAUGAUAAGAUUAGGUGUGUCUGUGGGCUUGGGAAGGGACUAUUUCCAUAUGAGUACAUCAAAUCUUUUGAUGUUCUAAAAGAGAAUACGAUCCCUUCCAAAUCAGCAUUCGAUAGUGCUCUUCGAGGUACCAGUAUAAGCAACUCCGACUACGAGCGAGUAAGGUUCGUGUGGAAGCACUAUAGAAUGAAUUCUAUCAAAGACUUACUUAUCUGGUACAAUAAUUUAGAUGUGGUACCAUUUAUUAAGGCUAUAGAGGCUCAGCGUGAACUGUUCAAACGUUUUGAUCUCGAUAUGUUUACUGAUGGUGUUUCUCUUCCAGGGCUGUCGGAAAAGGUUAUGUAUCAAACUUGCUUCAACGAGCUUCAACGCCCUCAAAAUGCACCUGCUAAGCCUUUCAGAUUCCCAGCUACUCGUAUGAUUGGCUACAAACGCCAGGAUAUGGAGGCUAAGCGUGAUUUCAACAUGACGUUUAAUCAUUUGGAUAUGUUGCUAAACAAGCAAAAGUACCUAUGUGGUAUAUGUUGUUGUCAGCUAACAGCAGAUAAUGCAUCGGCCGACCGUAUCAAUAACAAAUUGGGGCAUAUUGACGGUAAUGUCCUCAUCUCUUGUGUUCAAUGCAACGUCGCCCGUAAGGACAUGUCUCUCAGCGGGUUUCGUUUCAAGAAACUCCUUGAGUUCAACUCGAACAAGCUUGUAUAUUCUAUAGACAGGGAGGAGAAGGACAUCUACGGUAAAAUGAAGGCUAAUAUCGCCGGUGGUCCAUCAAUCAUAUUCAACCGCUACGCUAAAAGGAACGAGACUAAGAUUCGAGGUGGUAAGCUUGUGAAAAAGAUCAUCGGAUACGAUGCCAAUGCUCUUUACCUCUGGGCUCUUGGUAAUGAUAUGCCAUGCGGGCGAUUGACCACCAUUGAGGCUUAUCCCGGUAUUGUUGAAGACAUCAAGGCAGAUAAAAUAUUUGGGUUCCUUGAAUGCGACAUCCGUACCCCAGAUCACCUUAAAGAUUACUUUGGUGAAAUGACGCCUGUUUUCAAGAAUACGUUAAUCGAUUGCACCGAUAAAAACAUCAUUGGCUCUCACAUGUAUGACUACAACGAUACUCGUGAAAAAAACCAAGCUAAGCCUGCUCGCAAGCUGAUUGGAAGCUACUUCGGUGAAAAGAUUCUGAUCUACGCACCUCUUCUCAAAUGGUAUCUAUCCCAUGGAAUGGAAAUCACUAAGACUUACAGCUUCAUUAAGGCCAGCGCUCACAAGGCUUUUGCUCCAUUUAUGGAUGCUGUGUCGAGCGCACGACGCGUCGGCGAUGAAGAUAAGAGUAAAGCUAUGAUUGCAGAGAUGAUGAAAUUAGUAGGCAACAGUGCCUUUGGACGAUCGGGGAUGGACAUGAGUAAGCACAAACAGGUCAAGUAUGAAUCGAAUGAGGAUAAGAUCAAGUCGCGUAUUGAGCACUUCACAUUUCAUGGGUUGGAGGAGCUGAACGAUUCUUGUGAGAUAACCAUGAAAAAGCGUCGUCUCAACAACAAAAACCCAAUCCACCUAUCAAUUGCUAUCUAUCAGCUUGCUAAACUACGCAUGCUCGAGUUCUACUACGAUUGCAUUGACUUCUAUUUCGAUCGCUCCGACUUUCAGUACCAAGAAAUGGAUACGGAUUCGGCCUACAUUGCAUUCAGCUGUGAUAAUCCAUUCCAGAACUGUAUUAAACCUGAGCUACGGGAUCACUUCACACAGCACAAGUACGAUUGGUUCCCACGUGAAUAUAACAUGGAAGUGGCAAAGUUUGAUCGUCGUACCCCUGGUCUGUUCAAGGACGAGUGGUCUGGUGAUGCCAUGGUCUCACUCUCAAGUAAGAACUAUAUUUGCUAUCUUCCUGAUGAGUCAUAUAAGGUUAAGGUUUCGGCUAAGGGCGUGCAGCAGAGCCGUGGCCGAAAUGAGGAUGUACUUAAUCCAUUGGGGUUUGAGUCCGUCGUUCGCGAUCGCAUCACACUUCAAGGUACUAACAAAGGGUUUAGACUGUCGAAAGAGACAAAAUCAAUUAUCACAUACAGUCAGACCAAGACGGCUUUAUCAUAUUGGUACGACAAGCGGAAAGUGCUCGAUGAUGGCAUUACCACUAUUCCACUUGAAAUUUAG